GAGCCGAGCGCUGUGUUCCUCUCCAUCCUCUACGUGUUACAGUUCAAUUCGUUGUCAAAGUUGCAUCAUGCCCCACACAUAGUCCGCAUGUAUAAUUUGUUAAUUUGGUUAUAUUGGCACGUAUCCUGAUGAACAUAGAUCCAGCCCGACCCUUUGUGCAUAUGGUGAGAGAUGAGAAGGCUGUCCUAUUUUUUCUUUGACCUGACUAGUAUUGUUCAGUAACAAAGAUAUAUUUUUUAGUAUGUUGUGCUUGUACCCGUGUUGUUGUAUGUACAUGAUUAUCCAAUUUUCUAGUGCCAUUUUGCUAGUAUGCUGUAGAGACUAGUUCACUUUUCUUUCUUAUGUAAAUGCUUUUUGCUCUACUCUAUUCUGAGCCACAUAUAUGCCUAAACUUCGUUAUGGCUCAUUGCAACAUUGAUGAUUGCUUCAACUUCUUUAUGAUCCAUUGUUAACAUUGAUAAUUGUAUUCCCUUUUUUUUAUAAUUGUAUCUAAUUCUCUUAGAUAUUUAAUGAUUUCAUUUAUCAACCAGCUUUGCAAGAUUUCCUUGGUAAGAUAUACUAAUUCACCCGAUUGUCAGUGGAUUGAUAGUAUGAACUGACACUAAACGUUUAAAUAGGAGAAUAUGAACUGCAGUCUGGGUAAUUAGAGCUAUUUAUGAGAGACAUAGUCUCCUAUUUUUGUGUGUUUAGUGUUUGCAUUUUGUUGCUUCUGUCAAAUAACUUGGAUCACCCUUGAAAUCAAAACCCUCGAAGAUUUUGUGGGUAUCUUGUUAUUGUAUGGUACAUGUAUUUUUAUAAGUAUUUUUAUAAGUAUUUGUGUAUAAUAAUGAAAAACAAUUGACAUUGUUUUGCAGUUUUAACAUGGAUCCCAACAUGAAGCAGCUUCAAGGGACUCUGAUUGACAUAGAAACAGACGCGGAGCAACUUCUUCUGGCAAGGCAUCAGCUAGUGGAGAACGAUAGGAUGAGGAAUGCUAACAGGGAGGCCCUAACGGCCCUCCGGAAAAAAGCCAAGACAACUAAAACCAGUGUCCCAUCUCCAUUUGAGAUCGUAAUGAAAGAGAUGGAAGGAACUUCCGCCAAACAGCUAGUGAAGGAGAUAUGCUCAACUUGCGGGAAUCACGACCCCAAAGAACAUACCUGGCUAAUGUUUCCAGGCUCAGAUAUUUUGGCUCGUGUUCCAUUUCAUGUAGCGCACACUGUUCUGGAUAAAGAAUAUCUUGUUGUAGGACCGUUUCCACUUCAACGUUCAAAAUUGGAUCUCUUUCUGUUUGAACCCUCCAUCAACUAUAUAUAUGCUUGUGUGCCCGAAUGGAAGCACACCCGACGACGCACGAGCUGGUUCAAGCUCGUGGCGUGGCGGAGCCAUGUGCGAUCAAGAGCAUCUAGACUACGAGACCAAGAAGCUGCAAAGCUUUGUCAAGGAGAAAUCGUUUGUGAUCUCCAAGAAAGGCGCCCUCGCGGACAAGAUCAGCCCGGGCAUCGUGAGAUCCCUCGUCAGCCUUGCAGAUAAACCUAAGUAGUAGGCGCAUGGCGCAAGAGGUGAAUGAAUCAUGUCUGCCGUUCCCAGUCCUAGACAACUCGAAUGUCUCCUGAGAUGAAGCUCCCGCCGGGUUCACCAACCGUGUUUAUUAACAGUCCCAAUGCUUUUUUACCCGUGUCCCGGUUUGGUUUUGCCUUGCUGUGAGAUUUGGUUGCUGCUACGAAUGAGAGAAGUGUAGUCGAUCGGCAUUUAACCCUUGUUAUCUAUCAUCACUAGGUGUGGUGUGUUGGCAAACCUGAGUCCUGAGCCUGAACCUGUUCCUGCACCCUGUUAUCUUCAUCCAUAUGAAGUUGUAACAGUAUGUAUGCCGGGAAAGGUUUUUUUUUUCUCUAAAAUUGUGUACCCUUCUUAAGUGAGGACAUGCUUAUACGGUGGGCGGGAAAGGUCUUUUUUUCUCUUCGAUGACAUGUUUAUCUGUGGGCUGUGGUGAAUCUGAAAUUCAAACGACGGUUUCCAUGCGCAGGUAGGUAUAGAUAUGAAGGACAAGUUGAGAAAGAUGGGGAGGCACUAAGGAUGAAUGUGCCUGGACAUGGAGAUGGAGAGCCAUGCGGUUGGCAGAUAUUGCCCUUUGCACCUGUAGGAGGCAUAUGCAUGCACUGUAUAUAGAGCGGCAAUGAGGUUGGCAACCUUCAAUGGUGCGAAGGGCAUGAGAUAUCUUGGCCUUUUGGUGUGAGGGGGAGGGGGAGGAGCCCAGCACAGCACUUUUUGCUGUAUCUCUGGUAGC